AUAUGGUGAAAUGUCUCGCGACCGCAAGAGGCACAGAUGAAACAGAUGCCAAAGAAAGGCAACAUAAAUAAAUAAUUAAAUAUUACUUUCAAUCCAUAUUCAUAUCCACAUCCAAUCCAAUCAGCGGCGACAUGGAGGAGAUCGGAAUCAUUCUGCCUGAAAAGGAGGAGGUGCUGAACUUGGAGCCAAAACUUGCGGGCACCGACGAUCAGGAUGCCGAAGACUUUUAUAUCAAGUACAAGAAGCUGGAGCGGCAGCUGGAGUUCCUGGCGGUCCAGGAGGAGUACAUCAAGGACGAGCAGCGCAACUUAAAGAAGGAGUACCUGCAUGCCCAGGAGGAAGUGAAGCGCAUCCAGAGCGUGCCCCUCGUCAUUGGACAGUUCCUGGAGGCCGUUGACCCCAACACGGGCAUCGUGGGAUCCACCACGGGUUCCAACUACUACGUGCGCAUCCUGUCUACCAUUGACCGGGAGUUACUGAAGCCCAGCGCAAGCGUGGCCCUGCACAAGCACAGCAACGCCCUGGUGGACGUGCUGCCCCCGGAGGCCGACAGCAGCAUCUCUAUGCUGCGUGCCGACGAGAAGCCCGACAUCAAGUAUGCGGACAUCGGAGGUCUGGACAUUCAGAAGCAGGAGAUCCGAGAGGCAGUGGAGCUUCCGCUGACCCACUUCGAGCUGUACAAGCAGAUUGGCAUCGACCCCCCCCGGGGGGUGCUGAUGUACGGACCUCCCGGCUGCGGCAAGACCAUGCUGGCCAAGGCCGUCGCACACCACACUACUGCGGCCUUCAUCCGAGUGGUGGGGAGCGAGUUCGUGCAGAAGUACCUGGGCGAAGGCCCCCGCAUGGUGCGGGACGUGUUCCGACUGGCCAGGGAGAAUGCCCCGGCCAUCAUCUUCAUCGACGAGAUCGACGCCAUCGCCACCAAGCGCUUUGAUGCCCAGACUGGAGCGGACAGAGAGGUGCAGAGGAUUCUGCUAGAGUUGCUCAACCAGAUGGAUGGCUUUGACCAGACCACAAAUGUCAAGGUGAUAAUGGCCACCAACCGAGCGGACACGCUUGACCCCGCCCUGCUGCGCCCGGGACGCCUGGACCGCAAGAUAGAGUUCCCAAUGCCGGACAGGCGCCAGAAGCGUCUCAUCUUCUCCACCAUCACGGGCCAGAUGAACCUGAGCGACGAGCUCGACCUCGAGGACUACGUUGCCCGGCCAGACAAGAUCUCGGGCGCCGACAUCAACGCUAUCUGCCAGGAGGCUGGCAUGCACGCAGUACGUGAGAACAGGUAUGUGGUACUGGCCAAGGACUUCGAGAAGGGCUACAAGAACAACAUCAAGAAGGACGAGUCGGAACAUGAAUUCUACAAGUGAUUGAGCGGAUUAAAGGAGCUUUGUUUGACGGCA